GUAAUGUCAGAGCUUGGAGUGAACCCGUGAAUGCAUCAAAAGUUCGGUCUUCAGAGUUGUGACAUCUACAAUCAUGGAGGAAAAACAAAGCCACGGCGACGCCGACCUCUCCCCAGACCCUGGAGGGGCAGGAACAGAAGAUCAUGGACCAGAGAAAAUGAUCAGCCGGCAGCUGACUGAACAGAGCCGGUUUGCUUUUGCUGCUUUGUGCGGUGUCUCCUUAGGCCAGUUGUUUGUUGGAUCUGAAAACAGUGUGUUUAAGGAGCAGUACUUGCAGGGCUUGGUCCAGUGGCUGGAUCUGGAUGAGUCAGUGAUGCCAGUUAUGGGGGCUUUCUUGUCAGGUCUGGGCUUUGAGGGUAUCGAUACCUUUCUGUCCAUCCUACAGGCUGAUCCACUGGUGGCUGCAGGAGCCACACCAAUCAUACAGGAUCUGGUGUCUUUGUCUGUCAAAGACGGUCAAUAUGAUGCCAGAGCGAGAGUCCUGAUCCGUCAUGUUGGCUGUUUGCUACGAGUGUCCCUGCAGCAGCUGGAGGAGUUUGAGGAGACGCUUGGAGAGAGGCUGAGGGAAGCAGGAGUGGAGAGCGAAGAGGAGUCCUCUCGGCGGCGGAAGAGAGAAAGAGGACGAAAGUUAAGACGUUACCUCCUCAUUGGGUUGGCCACUGUCGGAGGAGGGACUGUGAUUGGUGUGACAGGUGGACUAGCAGCUCCUUUGGUGGCAGCCGGAGCUGGCGCUGUGCUGGGGGCUGGAGGGGCUGCUGCUUUGGGCUCAGCCGCUGGCAUUGCAAUAAUGGCCUCUCUGUUUGGGGCUGCUGGAGCUGGACUGACUGGAUAUAAGAUGAAUAAGUGCGUUGGGGCCAUAGAAGAGUUUGAAUUUCGACCAAUGAGCUCUGGGAAACACCUACACCUGACCGUUGCAGUGACAGGCUGGCUCUGUAGUGGUAAAUACAGUUCGUUCCAGGCCCCGUGGUGUAGCUUGGGAGAGUGUGGAGAACAGUACUGUUUGGUAUGGGAGUCGCGUUUCCUCAGGGACCUGGGCUCCACCAUGACCUCUCUGUUGGAUGGGCUGGUCAGCGUGGUGGCCCAGGAAGCCCUUAAGUACACAGUGCUCUCAGGUAUUGUGACGGCCCUGACGUGGCCUGCAUCUCUGUUAGCAGCAGCCAGCGUCAUCGACAAUCCCUGGUGUGUUUGUCUGAACCGCUCGGCUGAGGUGGGCAAACACCUGGCUCAGGUUUUGAGAAGCAGGCAGCAGGGGCAGCGACCUGUCAGCCUCAUAGGUUUCAGUCUUGGAGCCCGAGUCAUCUACUACUGUCUGCAGGAGCUUGCCAGUGAUAAAGGUAGUGAAGGAGUGGUAGAGGAUGUGGUCCUUCUCGGGGCUCCUGUAGACGGCUCUGAGAAGUCCUGGGAGAGAAUGGUGAGGGUGGUGGCAGGAAAAAUAGUGAAUGGGUACUGCAGAGGUGACUGGCUCCUGGGUUUCCUGUACCGAAGCUCAGCUGCACAGCUGUCUGUUGCUGGGCUGCAGCCAAUCAACAUCCAGGAUCGGCGGAUAAUUAAUGUGGAUCUCUCAUCUGUGGUGAAAGGCCACUUGGACUACAUGCGUCAGAUGGACACCAUCUUGGUGGCAGUCGGAGUUCCCACCAAAGAAGUGCCAGGGGCUUCAUUUCUUCUUCCUCAGUCUGUAAAAGCCACUGAGAAGACCGUGGAUAAUCCGGACCAAGCACGCAAGAAGCAGCAAGUGAGCAUGAAACAAAAUCCUGCUGAAAAAGAUGAAAUAUGUUCACAAGACAGCAGAGAUUGGAGGGAGGCGGCAGAGACAGAAGAUAUGGGUGAUGGCUGGGAUAUUCCUGACAUUACAGAUCUGCUAGACUCACUGAAUGAGACAGAAACAAACAAUCACGUCUCAACUCUGAACAAGGUAUCAACUAAUAAUGAGGAGGAGACCACUGAUAACACCACAUCCUCUGAUUUCACUGCACAGAACAACAGUCUAGAGGAGGCUGAGCUGGAUGAUGAGCACAUAUCAUGGAGCUGGGACAAUGCACACUGGACUACAGAGCGCUCACCAAAAUAAACACUUGUAAAGAGAGGGUUCCAGAAUCAGCUGCUUUCUCACCAGCUCUCAUGGUCUCAAGCUUCUUCGAUAGAAAACAUUUUAUUUUAUUCUUGGCACAGUGAGUUGCCAGAGACCGAACAAAUGUAAGCUCAUAUAUAUGGCAGCUUUUAGAAAAAAAAGCCAUCUGAAUUACCUGCUGUUUCACUACUUGAUGAACUAAAAAUGUUAUUAUAAUUUAGCCUGUUGAAGACAGUUUUGUUUUUUUAGAAACUGUAAAGGUGAUCAUUUAUUUUUGAAAUCUCCUGUGAGAUCAAGUACCUCUAAAAUGUGUGUAGUUUGCAGGUUAAGUGGAUGCUACAUGAUCAGGGAAAACUCAUCCUUUCAUCCUGCUUAUCUUCUUCUGUAGCCUGGUUGCUAUAGAUGUAAUCACAACAGUUCAGCUUCUAUGUGGCCGAGUGCAGUUCAGUCAGUGUUUGUCAUUUUCAUGGCCUGUUUAUCUCCGUUCAACGCACCCAGAGAAACGUCACACAUCAUUUUCUAGCAAGUGAAAUUACAAAAGUAUCCACAACCCAUGAACAUUUUCUCAUUGUUUCAGCUACGCUGUAUUUAAUUGGGAUUGUUUUUAUGAUACUCCAAAAAAAGUGCAUGUUUGUGAAGUAAUGGAAGCAAAUUGCAAGAUCCCUUGGUAUUCACUUAGCACUUUGAAGAACCACCUUUUGAAACAGUUACCUCUUAUUCACACAGACUCCGCCAUCUGUGUGUUUUGUACUUGUCACACCAGCUCUGUGGCGCAGCAACAUGAUGAAGAGCCGUCCUCCAGCGUCCGUCAGAAAUACGGAUUGAGUCUAGUUUUGAUUAAUGAUGGAGAACAAACGAGUAAAGCUCCAAAGAUCAGAUUGAGCCAGACAGGAAGUCAGACACAGGAACAGUAAAGCACAUCUGAUGUAUACCAAAUAAGAGACCAUCUGAAUCAUUGCUCUGUAAAUAGAACCAGUGACACAAGGUCUUUACUUGCAGCUCUCUUUAUUUCUGGGUUCCCUUAGAUAGGAAAACGUUUUAACCAAUUUGAAUAAUAAGCUCAAUCUGACUGCGCUGUUUAAUUGUUAGGAUCAAUUGGAACGUAUGUACUUGAAAUCUGCAUGAUUCGAUUGAAUUGACUUCGUAAAGUGCCUUGAGACGACAUGCAUGAACGGAUCCUAAAAUGCAUCCAUUGCGAAUUGCCGUCCGGCGCAGUUUGCAACGGAUGACGGAGCAGACACGGAACGUAGUCAGUGUGAAAGAGGGGUUACGGCUGCUGAUCUUUUGGAAUAUGUCUACCAGCUUUGCAUAUCUAAAUCAGGAAUUUUGCUCUCACCUGAGUUGUGAAUCUUUACAGCUCCCCCAGAGUCACCAUGAGCCUUCUGUCUUCUUCUCUGCUUAAUGCUGUCUUUUCCUAAAUUGUUUGUUUAGGUGGAAGGCCAUGUCUUGGUAGGUCUGCAGUGUUCUGUGGGAUGUUCAGAGUUUAGGACUUUGUUUUAGAAUCUUUCCCUUUAAAGUUUUCCACAACUUUGUCACUGGCCAGUUUGCUGUGUUCCCUGCACUGUGUUCACUAAUACAGGACAGGUGAAUUUAUACUGAGAUGAAAUUAAGCAAAGAUGGACUUGAUUUACUAGUUGACUUCUGUGAGCUGUUGGUUGCACAGGAUUUUAUUUAGUGGCAGAGUAAAGGGUGCUAAAUACAUACGUAAAGCGUACAUCUCAAAUUUUUAUUUUGUAAGACAUUUUAAACGUAUUACAUUACUUCCAAUACUAAUACUACUUUGUUUUAGUGUAUCACAUAAAACCCAAUGAAAUAUAUUGAAGCAUGUGGUUGUACUGCGACAAAGGUCAGGGGGUGUGAAUACUUUUGCAAGCCACUGUAGGCUGCAUACUGGCACUGAGAACUAAAGCUAUUUUAAGUCUGUGAUUAUAUAAAAUGUUAAACAAUGUUUUGCUUUUUCUGCCUUUCCAACAAACCGUUGAAGGAAGUUGUGUUCAUACGUUUUAAAUCUGAUGUUCUCAAUUGUAUAUUAAAUAAAUAUAAUGCUGAGUAAAUAUUGAAA